AACCCCAUAAACCCUAACUAAAACCCUGAAGAGAGAGAGAGAGAGAGAGAGGGUUGUUGCACUUACAGAGCAAUGGAAACAGAUAGGAAGGAUGGGCGAACAGCGAACCAAUUGAGGCCGUUGGCUUGCAUUCGUAACGUUCUUAAUCGGGCUCAUGGCUCUGCUAGUUGGUCUCAAGGGGAGACAAAAGUUCUUGCCGCUGUUUAUGGACCAAAGGCUGGAACAAAGAAGAACGAGAACCCGGAAAAAGCCUGCUUUGAAGUAAUUUGGAAGCCAAAAACGGGGCAGAGUGGUAAAGCGGAGAAGGAGUAUGAGAUGAUUUUGAAGAGGACUGUGCAAAGCAUUUGCGUUUUGAAUGUUCAUCCAAAUACCACCACGUCAAUUAUCAUUCAGGUUGUCAACGAUGAUGGAGCUCUUCUUCCAUGUGCCAUAAAUGCAGUAUGUGCUGCCCUUGUGGAUGCUGGGAUUCCUUUGAAGCACCUUGCUGUUGCAAUAUGUUGUAGUCUAUCAGAGAGUGGACAUAUUCUACUGGACCCUAGCAAGCUAGAAGAGCAGAAAAUGAAGGCGUUUGUAUAUCUAGUUUUUCCUAACUUGACAUUAUCUGUGCUUCCUGAUGAAUCAUUGAAAGUGAGAGGUGAACCCACGGAACAUGGACUUAUAACAUCUUUUACACACGGUGUAAUGUCAGUUGAUGACUACAUUCGCUGUUUGGAGCGAGGACGUGCUGCCACUGCAAAGUUGUCCGAUUUUCUCCGGAGAAGCUUGCAAUCACAAGUCCAAAGUGAGUCAUCCAAGUUGGGUUAAGUUGAAGGGUUGGCAAGAGUGAGAAUAUCACGACAUUGCAAGUCCCAUGAUUCCUUCUUGUUGGGUAUUCCCUGUCCUCGCCGUUGUAAAUUUCUUUGAUGAUUUUGGCUAUUAAUCAAAUGGCUCCGGUGUGGAAUGUCAUUUUAGCAUAUUCCCCGGGGAAAAUGUAUGAGACAAUGAUGUUGAUUUUGAAAAAGAAUUUCAUUCUGCCCCUGCAUUUAUUCACGACUA